AUGUUCCCUCUCUCUACACCUGGUCCUAGUCGGAUCUAUGCGGCAACGAGACAUCUGCACAGAUCGAAACUAUUCAAAUCUGUGGGAAGAGAAGCACGCUUCGAUCGACUUCACCCCAGACAGGUCAGAUCCUCUUCCACACGAACUUUUCCCAGAGUCACCCGAUGGGGUAAACGUAUAGGUAUCGGGCUCAGUAUCGGAGGUGUAGGGUAUCUGUUGGACAAAGAUUUCAAUGCCAGUGCCAUUUCGAGGAGUUUGCGGACUGCGGCGGUAGGAGUUAUAUGUACUGUUGAUUAUAAAAUCAACUUCUCUCCAAGUAAAGCAGAAGCUAUCGAUGCUCUUCAUGAACGUGUAGCCAAACGACUUCGAUGGGUUGUGGAUGUGAAUCAGGGAUUGUAUCUCAAAUUGGGACAGGCAUUGGGGCUUCAAGCCGCUCUUUUGCCCAAGCCGUAUAGAGAAGCCUUUGGACAUGUUUUUGAUCGAGCUCCAUCUGUUCCGUAUUCUGAAGUCGAAGGAGUGUUUCGACGUGAUCUUUCUCUCUCACCGACUGACGUUUUUUCUUCUUUCUCUCAUGAACCCCUCGCCUCCGCCUCCAUUGCUCAAGUACACAAAGCGACUCUCAAACCGUCAGAAGGAGAGACCGAGGGGAGGAUAGUAGCUGUCAAAGUACAGAAACCGGCGAUUGAGAAACAGAUGGAAUGGGAUUUGAUGUCGUAUAGAUCAUUAAUGUGGUUGAUGGAGAAAUUGUUCGAUCUACCCAGUGACGCGAAAUACGUCUCUACCCAGAUGCGCGCAGAGGUAUCAUUCAUUCACGAAGCCUCUAACGCCCGUCGGUGUGCCGAACUCCUGGCUCAAACACCAGAAUUAAGAGAGGAUGUGUAUGUUCCUAGAGUGUAUGGUAAAAGCGAGGGAUGCGUGGAGAGUGAUAGGAUCAUGGUCAUGGAAUGGAUUGAUGGUUGUCGACUGAACGACAAAGCUCAACUCGAAGCAUGGAAAUUGAACCUUCGCGAAGUCAUGGACCUAGCCAUCUCCACCAUGUCCGCCAUGACCUUUUCAUGGGGUUUUGUACAUUGUGAUCCUCAUCCAGGUAACAUACUUGUUCGACCUCAUCCUACCAAACGUGGAAAACCACAGAUUAUUUUGAUCGACCAUGGUUUGUACAUCCCUCUUCCUGAGAAGUUCAGACAAGAUUAUUGUACCCUUUGGCGAUCAUUGUUCGUGCUGGAUGUGCCUAAGAUAGAAGAGAUUGCGAGAGGAUGGGGGAUUGCAUUAGAUGCCAACAUGUUUGCAUCCGCUAUCCUUCUAAGACCAUUUCAAGUGGUCAAAAACAAGUCUGUCAUUUCUGAAAAACCUUUGUCGGCUUAUGAACAACAAGUAGAGUUGAAAAGACGUUUCAAAACGAUGUUGGAAAAUGAAGCUUUGAUUCCUCGUGAAAUCAUCUUUCUCACUCGAUGUCAACGUAUGAUGCAAGCCAAUAACCAAAUACUCGGUUCACCCAGUGCCAGAGUCAACCUUACUGCCAAGUGGGCAGCGAAAAGUUACACCGCUCUUUCCUCCCGGUCUAUCUAUUCCGUCGGGCUAUCAAAGUGGCUCAAAGAUCGUUUGAACAAUGCGCUAUUCACUUUCACCCUUUCAUUAGUGGAUCUGGCAUUUUGGUUCACCAGGGCCAAACAACGAUUCUCACCUUGGAGUAAUGGGGAAGGAUGGGAAGAUCGUCUACAAGCUCAAUUAGGAACUAUGGCAAGGGAAGAAUUCGGGAUAGAAAUUGAUGAUACUGUUUUCAUUGGAUAG